AAUACGGAAGUGAAGCACCGUUCCUCUUCUGUUUAUGUUUUCAUCCUUGUUUGGAUAAGAAACGUUUCUCUUUUGAAGAAAAUGGCAGUAAGCGCAGUUCACCUUGAGUCAGACGCCUUUCUGGUGUGCAUGAACCACGCGCUGAGCACAGAGAAGGAGGAAGUGAUGGGUUUGUGUAUCGGAGAGGUAGAAGUCACCCGCAUCGUCCACAUCCACUCCGUCAUCAUUCUCCGCCGCUCGGACAAGAGGAAAGAUCGGGUAGAGAUCUCCCCGGAGCAGCUCUCGGCAGCCUCCACGGAGGCGGAACGACUGGCCGACAUAACCGGCAGGCCGAUGCGGGUGGUCGGCUGGUAUCACUCCCACCCGCACAUCACGGUGUGGCCCUCCCACGUCGACGUGCGGACCCAGGCUAUGUACCAGAUGCUGGACCAGGGUUUCGUCGGUCUCAUCUUCUCCUGCUUCAUCGAAGACAAAAACACAAAGACGGGCCGGGUGCUGUACACUUGCUUCCAGUCCGUCCAAGGCCAGAAGGGCUCCGAGUACGAGCGGGUGGAGAUCCCGAUUCACGUCGUGCCCCGCGAAGCCAUCGGGAAGGUGUGCCUGGAGUCGGCCGUGGAGCUGCCGCGGAUCCUGUGUCAAGAAGAGCAGGACACUUACCGUAAAAUCCACAGCUUGGCGCACCUGGACCCCGUCACCAAGAUCCACAACGGCUCGGUGUUCACCAAGAACUUGUGCAGCCAGAUGUCGGCGGUGAGCGGGCCGCUGCUGCAGUGGCUGGAGGACCGGCUGGAGCAGAACAAGCAGAGCAUCGUGGAGCUCCAGCAGGAGAAGGAGAAGCUGCUACAGGAGCUGGCUGCUCUGUGAGCAGGAGGUUUAAUCCUGGAUGAUAUGUUCGGCUUGUUUUUCGCUCUGGACAGUUUUCUUACUCCUCUUUCUGGUGACGGACUUCUUUAUUUUUUGCAAACUAUAAAAAGCCCCUGAAGUGUGAAGAACAGUUGACAUCAGACUUCCAGUCUUUAUAAAAAU